AUGCGUGAGGUGCGCCGAUCGGAGUUUGUCAAAGUGUCGUCUAUACCUCUGCGGCGUCGAGACAAGUUGCGCGGGGUGCUCUUGAUGAGUCUACUACGGCGUGUCUCUCGUGGGUGCUGCACGAUGAAUCUGCAGAGCCUUGAGCCGGCCGACACAGUUUUUCUUCUUACGAAGACGGCUGCGUCGCCCGUCCAUGUACGCGAGACGAAGCGAGGGCGGCGUCUUGAGGUGCUGAGGCUCGGCGAGAGCUUUCCACAGAUCCUGGUUAUUGUAGUGCGACCAUGCGUACCUGACGCAGAAGAAUCAAAGAAAGGGCCCUCUCUUGGUUAUAUGGCUUUCGGCAUUUCGUGUCUGGCACUUAUGGAAAUCAAGGUGCAAUUUAGUCUUUUUAGAAAUGAAACUCUAAAUCCUUAUCUGGUUGCUUGCAGGACAAUUGCGCAUGUUAAAGAGUUCUCCUCUGCUCAACAUCCCCAACAAGGUUGCUGUUCAAUUGACAAUGCAACACUUGCUGAUAUUGAAGCCAAAGCCUUGCUCUUAGCCUUGCAUGCUGUCCAUUCUUAUCAUUCAAGACUACAUCACAUCUUUAUAACAAACAGAGAUCUCCAUGAUGCAAUAAAAUUGGAUGCCUCAAGAUCUACUUGGCAGACUGAUUUGUGGAUCAGAAGCAUUAUUGACAUCGUUUCAGUACUUGGAAAUCCAGAGAUUUAUGUCAUCCCUCACAGUUGGAAUGCAGCAACGCAUAGAUUGGCCAUUCAUGGCCUUAGCCAACACAGCCUUUCCCUAUUUCAUCAAGGUCGGGAACUUCCCCAUUGGCUGAUGAAGAUAUUCUUAAGCAAUGGAUUUACUUUGGAGAGAUGAAAUAAGGUUGAAUUAGCAUUCUUG